CCAAAACUGUCACUGCAUUUUCUCUAAAAUAGAAAAAAAAGUCAAGAGAAAAGUCUCAGUACACAAAAAUAUGGCGUUGUUGAAAGUGUUGCUUUUCUCAUUCACAUUUCUCCAAAUUUUCACAAAUGGAGUUGUUAAUUCAGAACCCAUUGUUAGUUCAAAAGAUUCAGAUUCAGAUUUCAAACUCCAACUUGACCAACUCAACUCCAAGAUUUCCCUUUUAGAGUCACGCGUUGACGAGGGCACUCGUGAACUGAGAAGUAAGGAUGAGAGAAUCAAGGAGCUGGAGAAUACGAUUGACUCGAAAUUAGCCAAAUUGGCUUCUCUGAAAAGUGAACUUCAGGAAAAAGGAUCCUUGAAUGCAAAAGAGCUGGUUGCUAAGGCUAAUGUGCGCGCCACUGAACUUGACCGCCAGGUAGAUGUUCUUAGAAGGGAAAUAGAAGCACAAAAUAAAAAGAAAAAUACUCUGGAAACCAAUACAAAUGUAGCAGAGGAGAAAAUACAGGAACUGAAUCUUAAACUUGAAAGUCUACAAAGGAUAAAUGAGGAGCAGAAUGCUAGGAUCCGUAAAACAAAACGCGCUCUUCAAGUGGCGGAGGAAGAAAUGAUGAAGGCUAAAUUGGAGGCUUCUUCUGUUUCGGAGCAGCUUGAGGAGGUUAAAGAAGGAUGGCUUCCACCUUGGCUUGAUGUUCAUCUUGUACAUUUUCGGUCGAUUGUUAUGACUUACUGGAAUGAGAACGGAAGACCAGCUUUGGAUCUGACCAUAAAAAAGGCCCUGGAGAUCAAAUCUGAAGUAGUAAAGAUGGCGGAGGCUCAUAUUCACUCAUUUAAAACAAAAUGGAUCCCAGCUAUGAAAAAGCGUUCAGUGGAAUUUGCUCGAGAUGCUGGGCCUCAUGUACAGAGGCUUAAGACUAAGACUAUUCAUCUUUAUCACGCAUCUAUGAAGUUUAUGGAACCUCAUAUUGUGAAUGCACAGGAAGUCAUCCAACCCUACGUCCAGGAAGCUAGGAAAAUCGCAGACCCCUAUGUUGACCAAGUUUCACUGGUGAUGAAACCUCAUAUUGAAAAAGCAAGGAUUCUCUUGCAACCUUACACCAAGAAAGUUCAUCGUCAUUAUAGGAAGUUCAAGAAAACUGUCAGUUCAUAUCAUCACCAGGCUCAAGAAAACAUACAUAACACGUUGAAGAAUCACCACAUCACCAAGCCGUAUGCUACAAAGGAGUUGGCAUGGUAUCUGGCCACAGCUUUGCUUGCCUUACCUGUGAUCUUUCUUGUUAAUUUGGCAUCAGAUUUUAGGCGCGCUAAGAAGCUAAAGAAGCAUUCUCGUAGACAUCAUACAAGCCACACACGUCGCAGGGCUAAAAGAGCACAUCCUGACAAAUGAAUUUCUAUACUAUCACUCUAUAUAAUCCAAUUAAAUUGAAGAUCACAUCUUUCAGUCGCCCGCGCACUGCAAUAUCUAGGGGGUUGGAUACCCUGGUUCCGGAGAUGCUAAUCACAAUAUCCGGAGAUUGUUGGAUAUCGAAUUAGAACAAAAUGUUGGUACCCAUUUUCUUGGGGAAAACGUAGGGACUUAGUAAAUUCUAACACAUAAGUAAUUUAUAGUUUGAGGACGUAGAAAUUCAAAUCCACGCAGUUUGGAGGAUUUAGGCGUACUCUGAUGUAUCAUCUCCAUUUUUCCUUUGUGUUGUGUAAUGACAUUGUAUUUGUUCCCUCUUCCAGUGUAGACAAAUAUUGUGAUCAUAGUAUUUUGAUUGAUGA